AUGAAAAUUGCAGUAGCCUGCCUGGACUCUGGCAGCGUGAAAGAAGUGACGUUUACAAAAGAUGUAGACACUUCUGAUCCGAAUUCGCCACAGCCGUCGAUCGAGACGUUUGUUGGCAUCAAGGGCGACCCCGUUCUACGAAUGAUCAACACAGAGUACGGUAUUGUUCUUUGUCGCAAGCGAGGCGCGGUUGUGCUGGUAAAUGACGACUUUGAAGUGAUUAGAGAGCUCGCAAACUUGGAUAAUGUUAUUGGUCUCGAACUUGUAAAAGAAAAGGUUGUGCUUGUAUCUGCCCAAGGCCAAGGGUUGGUUGUUGAUCUGCAUUCAGGCAGCCGGAUCAGCGAAUUCAGGUUGCGCCAAGACUUGACUACGUUUGCCAUGCACCCUAAAGAUAACACGAUUUUCCUGAGCUCUGGUCUACAGCAAUUGCCCAAUGUUUUCCGUUUGGACUUGGCCUCGGGAGAACUAGAAGAACUCUGGCUCGCAAAGAACCCCAAAAACAACCGUUUCGAUCUCAAAGAAGAGAACUUGGUAACCGCUGCCGCUUUUCUUCCUACCGACGAACAGUUUGUUUUCGUCACAGUAACAAAGCAUGGUAAACUUCGAGUAUAUGAUACGAGGCACGGCGGACGUCCCAUUCAACAGGUCGAGGUCUCCAAGUGUGCGCUAAAGGCUGUUGCUGCCGCAAGCACUAACUCGGUAAUUGUGGCAGACUCACAGGCGAAAAUGGGACUUUGGCAAAUCUCUGCCAAUGGAAGGCUCCUUGGAUACUAUAAGGGUAUCAAUGGUUCUACCUGGACGGUGCAGACGCGGGGCCGUUUCGUAGCCGCUGGCGGUCUCGACAGGUACCUGAGGGUAUAUGAGACUUCUAAUAGAGCUCCUGCUGGUAAAAUUUAUGUUGGUGAAGAAAUAUCCGCUCUGGUAUUCCUUCAAGAUGAGGAUGAGAAGCGGAGGGCUGAUGAAGAUGAGCUAUGGUACGAGUUGGAGAUGGCAUCUAAAGUACAAAAAAUCCACGACGAGGACACCGAUAAUGAAGAAGACGAAGAGGUGUUUGUUGGUUUCCAAGAUUAA